AUCAGUGCUAAAGGAUUGCACACACAUAUGGAUAGUCUAAGGUUUGCAGUCGAAGCUGAGGAUGGCAGGAGAUUCUCGCGUCCACAUGGACCACGACAUGGAGAUAGGAGUGACUCCGAGAGAGCAGGUGAAGAAACUCCCCAAGCACCUGAGGGAAUCACAAAUCCCUACGGAUCGCACCCACCUCAUCUCAGAUCCUGUUAAGAAACCCCGCCAGCGCUAUGUACAGAAAGACGGCAAGUGCAAUGUCCAUCAUGGAAACGUUCAAGAGACAUAUCGCUAUCUCAGCGACCUCUUCACAACACUGGUUGACUUACGUUGGCGCCUCAGUUUCUUUAUUUUCACCUUGGUCUAUGUGGUCAACUGGCUCUUCUUUGGGUUUUUGUGGUGGCUUAUCGCGCUCAUACGAGGAGAUCUCCUACACGGCGAUGAGGAGGGCUGGACCCCAUGUGUGGAAAACCUCAACAGCUUUGUCUCGGCUUUCCUCUUUUCCAUUGAAACUGAGACCACCAUUGGCUACGGCUACCGUGUCAUCACGGAGAAGUGCCCAGAAGGGAUCAUACUUCUACUGAUACAGGCCAUCUUGGGGUCCAUUGUCAACGCCAUGAUGGUGGGCUGCAUGUUCGUAAAGAUCUCGCAACCCAAGAACCGAGCAGAGACGCUGAUGUUCUCCCACAAGGCCGUGAUAUCUGUGAGGGACAACAAGAUGUGCCUGAUGUUUAGAGUGGGUGACCUGAGGAAUUCCCACAUUGUGGAAGCGUCAAUCCGUGCCAAACUUAUUCGUUCGCAGCAGACCAAGGAGGGCGAGUUCAUUCCGCUCAACCAGACGGACAUCAACAUUGGCUUUGACACAGGAGACGAUCGCCUCUUCCUGGUGUCGCCUCUCAUUAUCUCACACGAGAUCAAUGAGAAGAGUCCUUUCUGGGAGAUGUCCCGGGCUCAGAUAGAAAAGGAAGAGUUUGAGAUUGUCGUCAUCUUGGAGGGCAUGGUCGAAGCUACAGGCAUGACGUGUCAGGCGCGCAGCUCCUACCUGGACUCGGAAGUGCUGUGGGGCUACCGCUUCACCCCGGUGCUUUCCCUGGAAAAGGGCUUCUACGAAGUCGACUACAACAACUUUCACGACAUAUACGAGACCAACACCCCCACCUGUAGCGCUAAAGAACUGUCCGCUCGAUUAAAAGAGAGCCCGCUCCUCCCUCACCUGCCUCUCCUCAGCCCCGACCUCAGGCAACACACGCCAGACCCCUUCUCCACCCAAACCUCGCGGGACGACACGGAGAAGGACGGCGAGAAGCCGGCGGAGACAAACAAUGGCUCUGCCAACCGUUUAGAGGAGAACCCUUGAGGGAAACCCACAGACUCAAGGACUUUGUAGUGACUGGCAAGCUUCUUUCCCCUUGCAUGGAGAGAUAUCCUUGCAAAAUCCAUGCAAUACGACCCUCUAGAGAGCCGAGCUGAUGUGUAGAUCAAGGUUAGACGCACAAACCGAUGAGAACCCGUAUAUUUAUACCGCACACGUUAUUGACGCCUACACAUACUCGAUUUUAGCUUUAUCAACUUUGUCGUGCAGAUUUUCAUGGUAUCGAUCAACGCCCUGUACCUCAAGGACGAAAUAGUAGCCAUAUAUUGUACACAUCAGUCCCACCGCAAAAUGAACGACCGGGAGGUCAAACCUCUUAAUCGAACCAUAACAGAAAAGCAGCUUUAAUAGAAUCCCGAUGCAAAGACUCUUACGAGAAAUAUGAAGCCAAACGCAACGCUUGUGUAUUUAACCACGGCGAAGGCCCCCGGUGUUGGU